AUCGGCAUCGCUGUUACAUUAACAUUAUUAUGCGCUCUGGCGUGUGCAUACAUGUGCCCAAGCAGUCUAGUUUGUCUCGUUACAUAUUUAUUUCUCGUGUGGGAAACUAGUUUUCUCCCAGCCAACCAGGCUCCGGGCUGGUUGUUGGCCAUUGAUGGCGGAGACUUCCGAGCUUCCGUUUCGAGCGCGUAGCGCCAGUAUAAAUGAAUUUGCCAGCUGCAAGGAGGCCUCACUUCGUGUGAAAUCUCUAAAAGUGAAGGUGGUUAAAUUGGAGCACUGCCUAUGAGAAGCCGAAAGUGAUUCGUUGGUUCAGAGCUAUUGGAAUUUGUAUACUGGACAUGAACGGUUUAUUGGUUCUGCUGUUGGUCGCCUUUUGCUGCAGUGUGGUCGCCAAGCCUCCAGCGGCUCGACGGGCACAGCUGCACGACGAUGUUCAGCUCAUCCAUCCCCACGUCAUUACCAUAGAGCGUUUGGAGAACCUGCUCCGGCGUGCUGGCGAAAUCUUUGGUCCCGCCCUGGAGGAAGAUGCCAUGGCGGAGGCCAGUAGCCAAGUGCAUGAGCAAGUGCAGCCCCAGCAGCGGAUGCUGCCACCCACGGAGCAGCCGUAUAACUUCUAUUUGCCGCUCUAUGACUAUGUGGAGCCCAAGCUGGACGCCAAGAGCCGGAUGAUGGAGAAGAUUGCUCCUCCGCCGCACAAGUCGGAGCACAACUAUUACGCGGACAAGCCAAAGAAGAAGCCAAAGAAGUUCAAUGCGGCCAACAAGCACAUCAACCUCAACCUUAAGUGGCUAAACACCUACGAGAAGGCCAUGGGAGGAGCGACGGCCCCCAAGGCCAUGUAUCUCGAGCAGGACGAGCGCAACCGGAUCAACUUUGAUGACUCCUUCUUCGCGGUGGACAUGCAGGUGAAGAUGCCGGACAAUCAGCCGCACAAGGAGUCAGUCCCGCCCGCAGAACUCCUGCAGCACGGCGAGGAGCAGGCGGAGGAGGAUCUGAUGGCGGCUCCGGCGCAGUUAGCCUUCAAUUUCAAAUCUCCCGUUCAGGACGAACGUAGCGCAUAGGUGGGAAU